AUAAUUUUUGUAGAAAAAGUUAUUUUAUUAAUUUUUCCCCAUCUGAACUUUGGAGCAUUUGACGAUCGUUUCUCCCCUUUUCUUUUUCCGCUGCACUUGGCACAUCAUCCUCGGCUCGUAUGGAGAAAUACUUUUCUGGAUCUGGUGAUGGAAAAAACAAGAACGGAGCUAUGGUGGAACAGUUGCAACGUUAUGGAGUUUUCCAUUCUGACAAAGUAGCUGAAGUGAUGAAAACUAUUGAUAGGGGCUUGUUUGUACCUUCUGGGACUUUGGCUUAUGUAGAUAGCCCCAUGCCGAUAGGCCAUAAUGUAACCAUAUCAGCCCCGCAUAUGCAUGCAAUGUGCCUUGAACUAUUGAAGGACCACCUGCAGCCUGGCAUGCAUGCUUUAGAUGUUGGUUCAGGCACUGGAUACUUGACUGCAUGUUUUGCGGCGAUGGUUGGAUCACAGGGUCGUGCAGUUGGAAUAGAGCACAUACCUGAAUUAGUUAUUUGGUCAAUUGAAAAUAUAAAAUCAAGUGCAGCUGCUUCUUUUCUCGAAGAGGGUUCAUUGUCCGUUCACGAUGGUGAUGGAAGAUUAGGGUACCCAGAGACUGCCCCUUACGAUGCAAUUCAUGUAGGAGCAGCUGCACCCGAGAUUCCAAAAGCAUUGGUAGAGCAGCUGAAGCCUGGGGGAAGAUUGGUGAUUCCAGUGGGAACGUACUGCCAAGAAUUGCAGGUAGUGGAUAAGCAGCAGGAUGGCACUCUGACUGUCAGAACUGAAACUUCUGUGAGAUACGUCCCUCUAACCAGUCGAGAGGAGCAGUUGCGGGGUUAAUUGAGCUGCCUUUGUUCCGUGUCUUGUCUACUACAUGUAAAUUCAUUUAUUUGUUUCUCUCUUCUUUUGUGUUUCCUCUGUGAAAUUGCCCGUGAUUAAUAUGUUUCUCUACUGAUUAAGCCGAGGAUAAUGCCUACUAGGCCUGUUCAAAAAAACCCGAUCUGUUUGACCCAACCAGCUGCGCAUCUUAAAUGGCGGGUCAUAAAAGGGAAAAAAAUAUAAAUUAAGGUUUGGGUACCUGACCCGUCUUAACCGGGUCGGGUCAUGGGCCAAAAAUAUUUUAAAGCGGGUACCUGUUGACCCGCUUAUUGUAGAAGAUUUUUUUUUUUGUCAAAAAAAAAGUUCUUUUGUAUGCAUUAUUAAAUCAAUUUUUUUUCCAAAA